GCACCAUCACUCUGGAAUGCUCUGCCACCUGAAGUCCGUGCCUUGCGGGACUUACCCGCUUUCCGCAGGGCAUGGAAGACAUACCUGUUUCGACAGGUUUUUAAUGUUUGAUACUCUUGUUUUUAAAUUGUUUUAAAUUGCUUUUAAAUUUGUUAGAUUUUAGCCAUUCUUGUAAGCCGCUCCGAGCCCCAGGGAAGGGAGUGGCGCCAUAGAAGUUCCAAUAAUAAAUAAAUAAAUAAAAACAUGAUCCACGUACGCAAAAGAGGAUAAUGUUGGAGGUAAAAGGGGUUUGGGGCCUCAUGUUUAACUUUCUGUUCUUCUUUCUUGAGCAGGGCCCCAUCCAGCCUCUGUUUAAAAGCCUCCAAAGGAGCCUUCACUACACUUUGAGGCAGAGAGUUCCAGUGCUGAACAGCUCUUACAGUCAGGAAGUUCUUCCUAAUGUUGAGAUGGAAUCUCCUUUCCUGUAAUUUGAACCCAUUGCUGCAAGUAAUCAGAAAGAGGAAAACAAGUGUCAGGUGUCCAUAUUAGAAUUAAAUGUGUAUGACACUGUCAACAUGGAGGAGAAAGCCUAUAAAUGUAUUAAAUCUGGAAAGGGCUUUAGUCAGCAUGGAAAGCUGAAGAUACAUCAAAGGGCUCACACUGAGGAGAAACCCUAUAAAUGUCUAGAGUGUGGACAGAGCUUCACUCAGAGUGGAAGUCUACAUAGACAUCAAAGGACUCACACUGGGGAGAAACCCUAUAAAUGCCUAGAGUGUGCAAAGAGCUUCACUGGGAGAGGAAAUCUACUUAGACAUCAAAGGACUCACACUGGGGAGAAACCCUAUAAAUGCUUGGAGUGUGGGAAGAGCUUUGCUGAAAGUAGAAGCCUUCGUUCACAUCAAAGGACUCAUACUGGGGAGAAACCCUAUAACUGCCUGGAGUGUGGACAGAGCUUCACUGAGGGAGGAAAUCUACGUAGACAUCAAAGGACUCACACUGGGGAGAAACCCUAUAAAUGCCUAGAGUGUGCAAAGAGCUUCACUGGGAGAGGAAAUCUACUUAGACAUCAAAGGACUCACACUGGGGAGAAACCCUAUACAUGCCUGGAGUGUGGGAAGAGCUUUGCUCAAAGUGGAGCCCUACAUUCACAUCAAAGGACUCACACUGAGGAAAACCCCUAUAAAUGUCUAGAGUGUGGAAAGAGCUUUAUUCGGAAUGAAAAGCUAUGUAAACAUCAAAGGAUUCACACUGGGGAGAAACCUUUUAACUGCCUGGAGUGUGGAAGGAGCUUCACUCAGAAUGCAAAUCUAUUUAGACAUCAAAAGACUCACACUGGGGAUAAAGCGUAUAAAUGCCUGGAGUGUGGACAGAGUUUCACUGAGGGAGGACAUCUACGUAGACAUCAAAGGACUCACACUGGGGAGAAACCCUAUAACUGCCUGGAGUGUGGAAAGAACUUUGCUGAAAGUGGAGUGCUACGUUCACAUCAAAGGACUCAUACUGGGGAGAAACCCUAUAAAUGCCUGGAAUGUGGAAAGAGCUUUGCUGAAAGUGGAGUGUUACGUUCACAUCAAAGAACUCACACUGGGGAGAAACCCUAUAAAUGCCUGGAGUGUGGCCAGAGCUUCACUCUGAGGGGACAUCUACGUAGACAUCAAAGAACUCACACUGGGGAAAAACCCUAUACAUGCCUGGAGUGCGGGAAGAGCUUCACUGGGGGAGGAAAUCUACGUAGACAUCAAAGGACUCACACUGGGGAGAAACCCUAUAAAUGCCUGGAGUGUGGGAAGAGCUUUGCUGAAAGUGGAGAGCUACGUUCACAUCAAAGGACUCACACUGGGGAGAAACCCUAUAACUGCCUGGAGUGUGGCCAGAGCUUCACUAGGGGAGGACAUCUACGUAGACAUCAAAAGAUUCACAGUGGGGAGAAACCCUAUAAAUGCCUGGAGUGUGGGAAGAGCUUUGCUGAAAGUGGAGAGCUACGUUCACAUCAAUGGAUUCACACUGCGGAGAAACCCUAUAAAUGCCUGGAGUGUGGGAAUAGCUUUGCUCACAGUGGAGGCCUACGUUCACAUCAAAGAACUCACACUGGGGAGAAACCCUAUAAAUGCCUGGAGUGUGGCCAGAGCUUCACUCUGAGGGGACAUCUACAUCGACAUCAAAGGAUUCACACUGGGGAAAAACCCUAUACAUGUCUGGAGUGUGGGAAGAGCUUCAUUCAGACGGGACAUCUACAUAGACAUCAAAGGACUCACACUGGGGAAAAACCCCAUAAAUGCCUGGAGUGUGGAAAGAGCUUCACUCAGAGUUCACAUCUACAUUCACAUCAAAGGACUCACACUGGGGAAAAACCCUAUACAUGCCUGGAGUGUGGACAGAGCUUCACUCAGAGUGGCGCUCUACAUAAACAUCAAAGGACUCACACUGGGGAGUAACCCUACACGUGUCUGGAGCAGUGGUUCUCAACCUGUGUGUCCCCAGAUAUUUUGGCCUUCAACUCCCAGAAAUCGUUAGAGCUGGUAAACUGGCUGGGAUUUCUGGGAGUUGUAGGCCAAAACACCUUGGGACCCACAGGUUUAGAACCACUGGGCUUGAGGGUGGACAGCUUCACAUGAGUUCAUAUCUACGUAGACAUCAUAGAAUUCACACUGGAGGGAAUGGUGAUAAUUGACAUCAGAAAGUCUUUCUAACAUGUACAAAAGCAACUCCUAGUUGUUAGAAAUGCAAGCACAAAGUUGGGCACCGUCCAGCGGAGCUGUUUCAAGUUGUCAGAGGCCUAUUAAAUCUCGCCUCCAAGGACGGGAGCCCUGACAACUCUGCAGUUCACUGUGAAGCAUUUGCUCGGUUCUUUGCAGACAAAGUUGCUUUGAUCCGUUCUGGGCUGGACACCAUGUUAACGGCAGUCUCUGAGGAUGUAGCAAGAGGACCUGCUUGUCCGAUUUUGGUGGAUUCAUUUCAAUUGCUGAAACCCAAGGAUGUGGACAAGGUACCUGGAGGGAUGAGAGCAACCACAUGCAUCCUAGAACCUUACCCGUCCUUGCUUCUGUGAGAGGCCAGAGGGUGAUUGGCUGAGUAGGUGAAGGUGGUGGUCAGUGCCUCUCUUUGGGAAGGCAAUAUUCCAGUGAGCUUAAAACAAACUGUAAUAAAAUUGCUGUUGAAAAAAACAUCACAGGAUCCCACUCUAUUCGACAACUAUUGGCCUGUUCCAAUCUCCCCUUUUUGGGCAAAGUCCUGGAAUGUGUGGUGGCCUCACAACUCCAGGUAUUCUUGACCAGACAUGGAUUAUCUGGAUCCGGCGCAGUCUGGCUUUAGGCUGGGACAUGGAACCGAGACAGCCUUGGUCGCCUUAGUUGAUGAUCUACACCAGGAGCUGGACGCGGGAGUGUGUCCCUGUUGGUUCUCCUGGACCUCUCAGCGGCCUUUGAUAUCGUUGACCACAGUAUCCUUCUGGGACGCCUCGUGGGAGUAGGCCUUGGAGGGACUGUUCUGCAGUGGCUCCAGUCCUUCCUGGAGGGUCUCUCCCAGAAGGUUUUGUUGGGAGACACCUGCUCAAUCCCACAACCAUUGUAUUGUGGGGCUCCUCAGGGUUCAAUAUUGUUUCCCAUGUUGUUUAACAUCUACAUGAAGCCGCUGGGGGAGGUCAUCCGGAGUUUCAGGGUGCGGCGUCACCUGUUUGCAGUUGACGUCCAGCUCUUUCACUUUUUCCCACCUGCUACUAAGGAGGCUGUUCAGGUCCUGAACCGGUGCUUGGCUGCUGUGACGGUCUGGAUGAGGGCGAACAAAUUGAAACUGAAUCCAGACAAGACAGAGGUCCUCCUGGUCAGUCGCAAGGCCGAACGGGGCAUAGGGUUACAGCCUGUGUUAGACGGGGUCACACUCCCCCUGAAGAUGCAGGUUCGCAGCUUGGGAGUGAUCCUGGACUCAUCGCUGAGCCUGGAAGCCUAGGUUUCGGCAGUGACCAGGGGAGCAUUUGCACAAUUAAAACUUGUGCACCAGCUGCACCCGUACCUUGGGAAGCCUGACUUGGCCACAGCAGUCCAUGCUCUGGUUACAUGCUAUAUAGACUACUGCAACGCGCUCUACGUGGGGCUGCCUUUGAAGACUGCCUGGAAGCUGCAGUUAGUCCGAUGCUUGGCGGGAACUUGGGACAGGGCCUUUUCAGCUGUGGCCCCUCGGCUAUGGAACACCCUCCGUAGGGAUAUUAGAUCAGCCCCCUCCCUCCUAACAUUUUGAAAAAGAGUUAAGACCUGGCUUUUUGAGCAAGCAUUUGCAAAUGCAGUGUAACAGGCUAAUUUAGAUCCACGGAAUGAUUGGACGAUGUGACUGGAAAAUGAUUUCAGUAAUGAGACGCUGAAGACUUGUGUUUUUAUUAUUUCUACUGUUUUAUAUGGCUUAUGUAUUAGUUCAUUGGCUGUGUAGUUCAAGCAUUCUAUACAAUUUCUGCGUUUUUUUUAUCUGAUAAUUUUUAUUCAGGAAAGUUAUAGAGAUACAAUAAAAGAGGGGGAACAUUAUAAGUAUAUAGGAAAGUAGGAAGGUUGAAGGAUAAAACUGUAGUCCACAAAAUAAAAGGUAGGGGCAAGGAAGAAAA